AUUAUGUAUUAAAAUUUAAUAAUCUAGUAAAAAAAAAAAAAAAAGUUGAAAUACCUGCGAUGGGAGAAACUGUAGGGAUGAAGAACAUGUGACUUGGGCAAUUACAAAGCUAUGCCCUAAGUUGAGCAAGAAUCGGUUGGGCGCAACGAUUUCGAAGAACAAGGAGACGACAACAAGUGGUUCCGAUCCCAAUAAUUUAGGGAAAACUAGGGAUUAUUAAAGGAGGAAGAAAAUGGAAGAGGAGGAGAAGAGAUUUGGCUUAAUCGAGAUUAUUCCAAAACCUAAUCCAAUCAAAUCAACGCUCCGGAAGAAAUGGCAGACAAUGGCGUAGACUCAGCCGAGUGCGAGAGGAUUUUCAAGCGAUUCGAUGCGAACGGCGACGGGCAGAUCUCGGCGACGGAGCUCGGCGACGCACUGAACGGAAUCGGAGUGAGCUCUGAAGAUGCGAAGAGGAUGAUGGACGCCAUUGAUAAAGAUGGCGACGGCUUCAUUUCAUUCCAAGAAUUCUUCGAGUUUGCCAAGGAUAAUCGCGCUUUGAUGAAGGAUUUUGCCAAAGCCUUUUAGAUUUUUUUUCCUUUUUUUUUUCCCCCCCUUCUUUUAUGACUACAAUGAAGAAUUAAUAUCACAUCAAAUCA